GCCGUUGGAUUACCCACACCGGCCCCCGCGUCCUAUACUUCAAUAGCCCAUCCGAGUUGAGAGAGCUAGCGCGUAUGUUACGCGACUGACAGAGGUGCCUGACUGUAGAACAGCUCGCUAUUCGGGCCGAUGGCUUCCGUCAGCUGAAGCUCGAAUGAGAUCACUUGCUUCCUUGUGACGAAGCUCCUGCAUUCACAAUCAACACUCAGCGUCUACAUGCCGGUUGAACUUCGAAACGGAGGACAUGGAUUCCGUUGGAGUGUGCAUUCCGCACCGCGGCCGAACUUGUGGCAUCUCAUGAUUGUCCUUAUGACCUCUUGAGACGUUGCGUUCUCUGGUUAUCUCUAACUAAGCAUAGGUCACUUCUUACGCUCCUAGUCGGUAUAUUACACGGGCAGCGGCUCCGCUCGCUGAGUGUGCUUCCAGUACACCAUGCCUGCCCCAUCGUACAUAGCCUCCUCGCUGACGGAGCUCGUUGCUAUUCGAGCUAGGGACCAGCCGAACGAUGUUGCGAUCUAUACAGGCAUUGACGAACCCGGACCGCUGUUGAGACCCCUCACUUAUUCGCAGGUUCAACGUGCCGUCGAUCGGCUGUGCGUUCACUAUGCUGGUCUUGGACUCGUGCCCCCACCUGGCAAAGACGGCAUUCCGCCGCAGCGCGUCAUUGCCAUUCUAACCUCUACGGCGGUGGAUGAAUCGCUUCUAGAGAUCGCCCUGGCCAAGCUGGGACUCACAGCGCUCCUACUUUCCGUCAACAACUCUGUCCCAGCAAUCGCGCAUCUCUGCAAGAUCACCAACUCCACGCAUUUGGUAUACGGGGCGAAGUUCGUCGCUGAAGCGCAUGACGCACAGAACAUACUGGAACAGGAGGGGAUUGAAAUACAGAUAGUCCCAGACCAACGCUACCCUAUCUGGGGUCCGGGAGGCGUUGACGAUGUCAAGAUUGAUCCUUUUCCUCCGGUGCUCAGUCCUAAAGACGAGAAGGACAGGAUAUGUGUGAUUCUGCACUCGUCUGGAUCGACUGGUUUUCCCAAACCCGUGUACAUUUCACAUUUCUCUAUGAUUGCCAACGUCGCAGGCUUCGUCAACAAGACUGGAUUCAGUGCUCUCCCCGUGUAUCAUGGGUUCGGGCAUUACAGCGUAUUCCGCUGUUAUUACCCCGGCGUUCCGUUCGUCCUGUAUCCGGCACACCUUCCCUUGACUUCUGCCAACAUUUGCAGGGUCAUCAAUGCGAUUCCGAUCCCUUGUCCGCUAUGUUUCGCCGUGCCAUAUGUCAUCAAGCUGUUGGGAGAAACUAAGGAAGGAAUCAGAGCUCUAGCAAACUUCGAGAGCAUCACCUUCGCCGGAGCUGCUGUCCCCGACGAUCUAGGGGACCGUCUCACAGCUGCCGGGGUGAAUCUGAAAGCGAUCUUCGGCACAACGGAAACCGGGUCCAUAUUCUCGUCUGAUCGCGACUUCGCGACCGACAAGGCAUGGAAUUGGUUGCGUUUACAGGGCCGUAUCGUCGACUACCUCGUCAUGGAGGACCGCGGAUCCGGCACGUACGAGUCGGUUGUGUUGGAUGGCUGGCAUGCUAAGAACCAAUUCAAUCGUCCCGACGGAUCGUAUGCUACGAAGGACCUAUUCGUUAGGCACUCUGAAACGCCCAACUGGUACAAAUAUAUCGGACGGUUGGACGAUACCCUAGUGCAGGUGCUCGGAGAGAAGACGAAUCCAGUUCCCAUCGAGCUUGCCAUUCAGGGCAACAGCCCAUACGUAGAGCAGUGUAUUGUCUUCGGCGCAGGAAGGCCCCAGAUUGGUUGCCUGUUGUUGCCGUCGGAAACGGCAAAGGACCUCUGGAAGGAUCGCGAUGCAUAUAUGGAGAAGGUCUGGUCGGUAAUCGAAGACGCCAACGCACAAGCUCCCACGCAUUCUCGAAUCCUGCCAGAGAUGGUACAAAUCCUUGAGUACGGCACGCAGAUCCCUCAGGCCACAAAGCUAUCCUUCCUCAGACCUGCCUGCUACGCGAAGUUCAAGGAUGUCAUAGAUGCCGUAUAUGAUCGCUUCGAGAACGGUUCCAGCGCAAACAAGCUAGACUUAACUCAAUCAGGGCUAGAAGACUUCAUAUUCAAUGCAAUUACGCAGACCUUGGGCUCGACCAAGUCAGCGAAGCUCACGAAGACAUCCGAUCUUUUCGCCUUCGGUGUCGACUCGUUGCAAGCCACUCGGAUACGGAACAUCUGCCAGAAGGAGCUAGAGUUGGAUGGCCUGACCCUGGGACAGAACGUGGUCUACGAGAACCCUUCAGUGGAGAAGUUGGCCGCGUUCAUCAUUGCACUGCGUUCUGGAGCCGGGGAGGACCAGUCUGUCGAAGACGACCACGCCGCAAUGUGGGCCAUGGUCGACAAGUGGGCUUCGAACUUUGUGCAGCGAGCACAACAACAGACUACGCAACCCACAAGCUCUGCGUCACAGGUCAUUGUUCUCACUGGAGCCACGGGAUCGCUCGGUGCCCACAUCCUGCACCAGCUUGUCUCUGCGCCGUCUGUGGAGCGGGUGAUCUGCCUGUCUCGCGCGAAAUCGAACGAGGACUCUGUCAUUCGGCUCCAGGAGUCUCUCCGGUCUCGUCAACUGCAGCUUUCAGACGCGCAAUGGAAGAAGGUUGAGUCGUUCGCUGCGGACGUCAACGACGACCGUUUGGGCCUAUCGCCUGCGGACUACGAACACAUCGUAUCUCGAGCAACUGCCGUGGUCCACAACGCAUGGCCCGUGAACUUUAACAUGAGUCUCGACUCAUAUGACGCGCACGUUGGGGGCGCUCUGAACCUCAUCAACCUCUGCCUUCGAUCCCCGAAGGCACAGCCGCCUUCGUUCCACUUCAGUUCGUCGAUUGCUGCCGUGACAGGCAGUACAGAUCCUGUCUGCAACGAGGACUUCCCAUCGUCUGCCGCGACUGCGCUUCCGACGGGCUACGGGCGGAGUAAAUGGGUUGUUGAGAAGUUGGCCGAGAGGGCUGUUCGAGCUACGCCUCUGCAUGUAGGGAUCUUGCGCAUUGGGCAGCUCGUCGGGGACACCCACAGCGGCGUCUGGAACGAGACUGAGUCUUGGCCUCUGAUGUUCAAAGCAACAGAGAGUACAGGAGCGCUUCCCACCUUCCUGCAGAACCCGCAAUGGCUGCCUGUCAACAUCGCAGGUCGUGCCAUCGCUGAGAUUGCCACCCGCUCCGAGCCACCGAAAGCUGCGGUAUACCACAUUGUUAACCCCAACAAGACUAGUGGAUGGGACGUCAUCGUCGCUGGCCUCAAGAGGGCUGGCGUAAAGUUCGAUGUGGUCAGCCGCUCGGAGUGGCUGGACCGUUUGGCAAAGUCGGACCCUGACGGCGAGCGCAACCCAGCGGUCAAGCUUCUGCCAUACUACCGCACUCGGUUCGGAAAGCCGACCGAGAGUACUCCCAUGGACUUCCGUGUCGAGACGACUUGCGGCAUCGCUCAGAGCCUCGCCAGCUCUCCUGCAAUCUCAGAGGAUCUCGUCGAGAAAUGGGUACAGCACUGGCGCGAGGUUGGCUUCCUGGGUAGAUCGUAGAUGGUAUCCGCCGUAGAUCAUACAUGAGU